AUGGUGCUCGUCGAGAGUUUUACAUACACAAGAUGUGACUUUGAGGAGAGUUUCUGUGACCUGAUCCAAAGCUCAGAGACGUCCUCAAAGUGGAUCAGAACAACUGAAGCUGCAGGACUCAAACACGACCACAAAAACAAAACAUCAGCACAUUUUCUGUCGCUUUCACCCGUUGGAGGAAACAGAACCAGAGCAGAUCUGAGCAGUCCUGUUUUCCUACCAAGUCACACCUGCCAGCUGAGUUUCUACUAUUAUGUCAGGGGAACGCGUGGAGAUCUUCAGGUCCUGGUUCAGACUCAUCCAGCAGAUCAGAGUACAGAGGUGUGGAAACAGUCCACACAGCUGCAGAAGGAAACAUGGCUGCGGACGGUCAUUCAGUUUUCCAGCAAUCACAGUUUUCAGGUGGUAAUUCGAGGGGAACUUUCAGCUGACAGCGAAGCCUUCGAGGUCCUGGCCGUCGAUGACUUAUCCUUCAGUCCUGGCUGCGUGGUUCUGUCUGAGAGCAGUGUUCCUCCUCCUCCUGCCUGCCCUCCUUUGUGGUUUGACUGUGGCGGUGGGGAGUGUAUUGAAGAGAACAAAGUGUGUGAUUUCAGCCCAGACUGUCUCCAUGGAGAGGACGAAGCCAGCUGCCCCUCUGAGUGUGACUUUGAAGGUGGAUCUUGUGGCUGGUAUGAGCUCACCCCUGGCGAUGGCUUCGACUGGUUCAAGGGCACGUCUAUGGAGGUUUCUCCAGACUACUACGGUCACCCGCCACCCCUGGACCACUCCACUAACAGCGGUGAAGGUCAUUUCAUGUUUAUACUGAAGAACAGCAGCAGUCUGUAUCCACGAGCGGUUCUCCGAAGUCCCUGGUUCCAGCAGUCGGCCUCCGGCUGCACCAUGACCUUCUGGCAUUAUAACUCGGGUAUAUCUGUGGGGGCUGCUGACAUGUGCCUUCGAAUCAAUGGAGUUCAAAACAACACUGUCUUAUGGAGAACACUUUAUGACCAAGGAACCCACUGGAACCAGGUCACCGUACAGCUGGGACGUAUCACCCAACCGUUUCAGAUUGCUGUGGCUAAAAUCAGCCUCGGCAUAUUUGAUGGCAUCUCCGCUUUGGAUGACAUCACCUUCAAGAACUGUUCGAUGCCUCCAGCGGUGGCAGAGUGUCCUCAUCACACACAUUUCCAUUGUGUGCACACUAAAGCAUGUGUAGAGCAUCUGCAGCUCUGUGAUCUUGUGGAUGAUUGUGGGGAUGGAUCAGAUGAGGAGGAAUGUUCUCCAGAGCUGCAGUGUAACUUUGAAUAUGGACUGUGCAGCUGGACACAAGAUCAGAGUGGAUUAGAUAUGUUUGACUGGACCCGCAUCCAAGGCCCGACUCCAACCUUCAAUACAGGCCCUUGGAAGGACCACACACGGGGCACCACUUAUGGCCACUACCUCUACAUCGAGUCCUCUGUGCCCCAGGAGUUUAGAGACACAGCUGUGUUGCUGAGCCGAGUCUUCCAACCCACCCACCAGCGUGGGAAGGACCUGUCCAAGUCCCGACACCACUGCGUUUUCCGCUUCCAUUACCACAUGUUCGGGUCACAUGUGUUCUGUUUGGCAGUGUACAUGAGGACCUAUGCUACGGGCCGUGGUCAUAUGCUGUGGGUACGAUAUGGAGACCAAGGAAACCUAUGGCACCGCAAGACUCUCUACCUCAGCAGUGCUCGGCCUUUCCAGAUUUUAAUUGAAGGUACAGUUGGAGAUGAUUUUAAUGGAGACAUUGCCAUCGAUGAUCUUUCCUUCUUGAACUGUGAGCCAUAUGAAGGAGAGCUCCCCAAGCUGAAUACCACAGCCCCUGCAGUGACCACCCCAGCACCCACCGUUACACCCCAUAGCUGCCCUGAAGGACAGUUUGUGUGUGGGACACUUGAGGAGUGUGUUCCCCUGAGUCAAGUGUGUGACUUCAGACAUGAUUGCUCUGAUGGAUCAGAUGAAAUAAACUGCGUGAAGGAAAGGUGCAAUUUUGAAGACGGUGACACUUGUGGUUGGACGAUUGUCAGCUCCUCUUUGGCCCAUCCCCAUGCAUUUCGCUGGUCACCUGACCAAGGAGAGAGCAUUCAUGAUGGAGAGCAGUACCACCGGCCUAUUUAUGACCACACCCUAAACAGCCCUGCGGGUUGGUAUAUGUAUGCAGACAGCUCAAAUGGUGGCUACGGUCAAACCGCUGACCUCCAGACGCCUGUCAUCUCCUCCACUGGGCCACAGUGCACCCUGGUCUUCUGGUACCACAUGAGCGGAUUCACUGUGGGAUCUCUGCAGGUGCUGCUGAAGCACAGAAACGUCACUCAUGGGGUUUGGUCUCAGACUGGUAACCAAGGCAACAAAUGGAGACGAGGAGAAGUGUUUUUGGGCUUAUCGAACAACUUCCAGGUGGUGUUCAGGACAAAGCGGGGCAUCAGCUACAUGGGUGAUGUGGUGAUCGAUGACGUCAGCUUCCUGGAUUGCUCCCCUCCUCUUCCUCCAGACCAGCCGUGCACACCUGAGCAGUACAGCUGCGCAAAUGGACACUGCAUCCCUCAAGACAACCUGUGUGACUUCAUCAACCACUGCGAGGACGACUCGGACGAGGACCCCUACAUCUGCAAGGGCUUUAGCGGACGCUGCAGUUUUGAGUUUGACCUCUGUUCCUGGCGCCAGUGCCGACAAGAUGACUUUGAUUGGCGGAUCAAAGUUGGCGGCACUCUGACAGUUGGAAGUGGGCCAUCAAGUGACCACACUCUGAGAAACCCCUCUGGACAUUACCUCUACCUGGAGAGCUCUUUCCCGCAGGCAGUCGGCGACACUGCCCGCAUCGAAGGACCCUUACUGAGCAGCAGGAGUUCACAGUGCAAGAUGCGUUUCUACUUCCACAUGUCUGGAGACGGCAUCGGGACCCUUAGCGUGUUCAGCAAAACCGAAGGACGUCUUCGUCUCCUGCUGAACCUGACGGGAGAUCAGGGCAGCUACUGGCAGAUGAGAGAGAUCCCGCUGAGCAGCUCCAGAGACUUCCAGGUCGAGUUCGAGGGCAAGGUGGGCCGAAAUCCGAAGCGUGACAUCUGCCUGGAUGACAUCAUCUUCUCUCCAGGGUGCCUUCUGGCUUCCUCUGAUGCAUUAACGGACAACACUCCUCCGCCUCCUGCAGGGUCUUGUCCUUCAGACCUCCUGCCUUGUGAGAGUGGCAGGUGUUUCGCUCCAGGGCAGAUUUGUGACUUCACAGAUGACUGUGGUGAUGGCACCGAUGAAAAGGAUUGUGGGACUUCCUGCUCCUUUGAGGACGGUCGCUGUGGCUGGAAGAGCUCGCUGGCUGAUAUUUUUGACUGGACGCUGGGGACUGGAUCUGUCCAGAGCAUACGACCUCCAUAUGAUCACACGCUGAUGGAUGAAAACGGUCAUUUUCUCUAUCUGGAAGCUACACCGGUGGGACUGAAAGGCGAUAAAGCUCAUAUUAGGAGCUCUGUUUGGAAAGAGUCGAGUGCCAUCUGCAAGCUCUCCUUCUGGUACUACAUUUCCCACAAGGCCUCAGGAACCAUCCGACUGCUGAUCAAGACGGAGGACAACUUGGUGGAGGUGUGGAAUAAAACGGAGCAUCAGGGGAAUCAGUGGAACCAAGCAAAGGUCCCCCUGAGGAAGCUCAGGAACUUUGAGGUGAUAUUUGAGGGGAUUCGCUCGAUGGACGUGAGUGGAGGAGCUGCCCUGGAUGACCUGGAGUUCAUAGACUGUGCUCCAAGUGCUGUGGAUGCAGUUAGUUGUCCCGCAGUCUCAGACUUUGUGUGUCACAGUGGCCACUGCAUUGAAUACCACCUGGUGUGCGACAACAAGGCAGACUGUGAUGAUGAAUCAGAUGAGAUGGACUGCGACCACAUAACUGGCUCACCAGGUGCCUGUAAUUUCAACAUGGAGGAAGGCCAGUGGGAAGAGAGCUGCCAGCUUUCUCAAGACGCUGACGAUGACUUUGAUUGGAGGAUCGGUCACAAGACCGAGACACCAGGAGCUGGACCUCAAACCGACCACAGCCCAGGCGGUGGAGGGAACUUCUUGUACAUUCACUCUGCCACUCAGAGGGAGGGCGACGUUGCCAUGGUGACCACCAGGAGUCCAUUUCCUGCCAGUAUCGGCCGGUGUCACCUGCGCUUCUGGUUCUUCAUGCACGGCUCUGACAGGAUGGGAACACUGAAGGUCUACACCGUUGGAUCCAGCGGUACCCGUCUGCAGAUGUGGGCAGCCACUGGAAACCAUGGCAACCAGUGGACAUAUGCCAAUGUCAUCCUGUCCAACCCGACACCUUUCAAAGUGACAUUCCAGGCAGAGGUGGGAGGAGACAUGUGGACUGACAUCGCCCUGGAUGACAUCUCCUUCACCACAGAUUGCAUGUUUGGAGGACCAGUUACUCCACAGCCUCUGACCUGUGGUGCGGACCAGUUCCAGUGCUUGCACUCUUUUCAUUGCAUCCCCCAGAGCUGGAGGUGUGACGGGGAACUGGACUGUCCUGAUCGGUCUGAUGAAGAGCACUGCCCGGCCUUGGUACCCGGAACUCUUCCUCCUCAGGACGCCUGUCCGACUGGAUAUUUUCAGUGUUCAGACCUCCGCUGCCUCCCUUCCAUCCUGCGCUGCGACAGAGUCCUUGACUGCCCAGAUGGAGAGGAUGAGUACAGCUGCCCUCUGAUGCAGUGUGAGCUGGGAGAACUGGUGUGUGAAAACUCGCCUGCUUGUAUCCCACUUCAGAAGCGUUGUGAUCACUCUGCCGACUGCCUGCCUUUCCACCCAGAUGAGUCCGGCUGCGAUGAUUGUCCUCCAAUGUACUGCCUGAAUCAGGGCACAUGUGUGGCAGAGAAAAACGGUCCUGUUUGCAUGUGUAAUCCAGGAUGGACAGGAAACCGUUGCCAUGUGAGGAAGAAACCUCCCCUCUCCACUUCAUCACCCACACCAGAGGACACAGAGCUGGAUGCUGUGUAUGCUGGCAUCGGUAUCGGCUUGCUGCUGCUCGUACUCGUACUCGCUGUGUGUUUUCUGGCUUUAUUCAAGAACAAAUGCCGCCAAACAAAACCUCGUGUGAUGGUGAUGGAUAACCUACACUCUGACUGGAGAGCACAGGGCCCGUCCCUGGAUGAAAGGUUAUGCCGUUGUCCUGGCGUUAACCCCAGCAGGAGUGAUGGUCGUGGUCUUCCCAUUAGUGUCUACCCAUGGAGGCGGGAGGUGGAGCAUGGUUCGAACUGGAAAGAUGCCAAGCUGUCCUUCUCCAACCCUUUGUACAAAUACCCCCCUGAUGGUAAUGGUGCUGACUGCAACAGCUCUGAAGCAUAAAAACAAUGGAUUUUAUCAAAGAUUUUGGCAUUUUGCCUUUGUUUAGAUAGCGUAGUAUAGAUAGACAGUACAUGAAGGGAACGAGAGCAGGGGAAUGAUAAGUUGACAGUGGUCUGGCUGGCCAGGAAUCGUACUUUGUGUGUUGAGCCUGCAGUCAAUCAGGUUUAAAUGAUGUCUCGACCUGCUGCUGAGGUCCCAGUCUGAGUGGAAAAUAUAAAGAGUGAAGUUCAGAUAUUUUGCAAGAAGCUUUUCAAAGGCAGUUCUGAGCGGUAGCUACAUUUUUUAAUUGGCUUGGUGUGGUAUUCCCCACUCGACCUGCAGAAGAACCGAUGAUCAUUGAAUCCGAAUUUUAUGUAUAAAUACCAAUAAAUUAAGUAAUAAAGCACUCAAAAGUUCUGUGUGCAACUUCUCAGAUCCACAGGAUGUCACAAAAGUCAUCAUUAAAAUGAACAUCGGUCAAACGUUC